AUGGAAAAACAACCGGGCCGUGUGAGGAAGGAGGCUGCACCGGCUGCUGAGGAGGAACAGCAGCAGCAGUCUGAGGCCAGAGAUCUGCCAGGGCCGGCUCGUGAAGGCAGAGACCCAGCUGCUGGGGACCAGCCGGAGAGGCACCAGCCUCUUCCGGCUCCUCAGCCGGAGAGGCACCAGCCUCUUCCGGCUCCUCAGCCGGAGAGGCACCAGCCUCUUCCGGCUCCUCAGCCGGAGAGGCACCAGCCUCUUCCGGCUCCUCAGCCGGAGAGGCACCAGCCUCUUCCGGCUCCUCAGCCGGAGAGGCACCAGCCUCUUCCGGCUCCUCAGCCGGAGAGGCACCAGCCUCUUCCGGCUCCUCAGCCGGAGAGGCACCAGCCUCUUCCGGCUCCUCAGCCGGAGAGGCACCAGCCUCCUCCGGAAAGCGGCGCGGAGCUGGAGAGGCUGCCUGCUGCAGCUGCUGAGUCUCCAACGCUGGAGACGGCUGGCACCGGUGGGCUGGAGCGAGGGAUCUCGCCGGAUGCUUUUCCAAAAGAACAGGAGCCCCCACGAAAGAAAUCUUCGUCACCGGAGCGCUUCCUGGAGCAGGCAGAGGGCGCGAGCACCUCCAGCCAGCAGGAGGAGGGGGGCCAACAACCGCUGCCGGAUGAACCUUCUCCGGAAGGGCGGGAGGAGCCCCCACGAAAGAAGUCUGCAUCGCCGGAGCGCUCCCUGGAGCAAGCAGAUGUCGUGAGCACUUCCAGCCAGCAGCAGGAGGAGGGGGAGAGCCAACAAACCCUGCCGGAUGGCUCCAAGAGGGCGUUCACCCUGGAGAGCCGCUUGCAGGACGCAGUGAAGAAGCGUCUGCUGCGGCGGCAGCUGUCCACCCCGGAGAGCUCCUCCAGCCCGGCCAGCGAGGGCCAGGAGGGCUCAGACGACGGCAGCUCGCGCGACCUGUCUCUGCACGAGGAGUCCUCGGGAGACACGCGCGACGUCAGGGGGCGCUUAAAGCAGCUCAAGCUCGCUGUGCCCAAGCCGCAGACGUCGCAAGAACCGCAGACGUCGCAAGCACCGCUGCAGACGUCGCCUCCGCCUUCACCACCGAAGUCGCCAGCGCAGCCGCCGACGUCGCCCGUGAAGCCGACGUCGCAGCCGCCGUCGCCAACAUUGAGCGACGUGAUGCGCGAGAUAUUCUCUCCCGGCACCAGCGACGAGAUCUGGUCAGCCAGCGCCCCCUGCUCUCGGGAGGGCAGCGUGCCUGGUUCCAGGCCAUCCUCCAGCGCCGCCUCCAGCCCCUCCAGAGCUGAGGGCCGGAGUUUGCAGGACGUGCCACCAGAACCUGUGGUCCCUCAAGAGGCCAAUGAGGGGAGAAGCGUGCUGGAGGAGGAGGCGGAGAAGGAAGCCGGCCUGUUCCCGGGGCCUGACCUUGAGGGCCUGUUCACGUGCUCCGCGACAGGCGUCUUCCGGUCAUCCGUCGGCGAGGCAUCGGCAUUCAGAGGAUAUGAAUUGGAAGCGAUCGGCGAUUGGGCUCGGUCAGAUAUCACUGCCCACCAUCAGAAGCCUGCUAAGCCAUCCUCAAAACCCAAGCAACCAGCUCCUCUCCACAAGUAA